AGUGUGCUUCGGAUAGCUCCGUGUAUCAGCACGAUCAGCUUGGCUGCUUCGUCGGAAGGAGCACAGACUUCAGCUUCUUACUGAGGAGGCGCGCGGAUGCUCGGGGACCUGGACGCGGACUCGUUCUGCCCCGGCGGGGCGCCGGGCGCGGACGUGUGGAACGCCAGCGCCCUCCCGGGGGUCACCGGCGCUGGAGCGGUCCUCCUCGCCAGCCUGGUGGCCGCGCUGCUCGAGUCGGCGAGGAAGAUGGCCGACACCACAAUCUACCCGCGCGACGUGCCGCGGCCCGACGAGGAGUACGACUUCGUGGUGGUGGGCGCCGGGACAGCGGGCUCCGUCGUGGCAGCGCGCCUCAGCGAGGUGGGCAACUGGCGGGUGCUGCUGCUGGAGGCCGGCGGCGACCCCACCUUCACGUCGGAGAUCCCGAGCCUGUUCCACAGGACUCAGGGCACCGAGGUGGACUGGGGGUUCCAGACGGAGCCCCAGGAGAAGGCCUGUCUCGGGAUGGAGGGCCGCCGCUGCAGGUGGCCCCGCGGCAAGGCCCUCGGCGGCUCCAGCGUCAUCAACUCCCUGCUGUACGUGCGCGGGAACCGCCGCGACUACGACCGCUGGGAGGCGAUGGGCAACCCCGGAUGGGGGUACGAGGACCUGCUCGGGUACUUCAAGAAGUCUGAGGACAUCCGCGACGUGGAGCUGGCCGAAGAGGAGGGCGACUCGCCGCCGCGCUACUCCGGGAGGUACCACGCCAAAGGCGGCCCGCAGUCCUUGGAGAGGUCUCCCACCCGGACCCCGAUAGUGGACGGGCUGGUGGAGGCGGUCAAGGAGCUGGGCUACAAGAUCAGGGACGUGAACGGCGAGUCCCAGACGGGAUUCACGCUGCAGCACAACACUGCCCGGGGCGGCAGGCGCUGGAAUGCCGCCAAGGCGUUUCUCGCCCCGGCGAAGAACCGGAAGAACUUACACGUCUCCAAAAACUCCUACGUGACCAAAAUCCUCAUAGACGAGGAGAGCCGAAUAGCGUACGGCGUCGAUUUCCACAAGAAUGAGGAACCGUUCACGGUGAGGGCCAGGAAAGAAGUGAUUCUCUGUUCCGGCUCUAUCAAAUCACCGCAGAUCCUGAUGCUUUCAGGAAUCGGACCGGUGGAGCACCUCGCGGAAAUGGGCAUACCGCUCGUGAAAGAUCUGCGGGUCGGCGAAAACCUUCAGGAUCACCUGCAGUUCUUGGGACCGACCGUCAUGUUCAAUCGCUCCAACCCGCAGAGGCUCGACCCCGUCAAAGUGCUGGACGACACCUACCAUUUCUUCAUCCACGGCGGAGGGCCUCUGUCGAGCCUGGACAUCCUCCAGUUCCAAGGAUUCGUGAGCACCAAGUACGCCAACGAGGACGGACAUACUCCGGGAUCCUCCGACGGAACGGAUCCGGACUACCCCGACAUCCAGUUCCAGCACGUCCGCUACCCGUUCGAGGAUGCGGACGGCACGAGGACCAUGAGCGACGUGUCGGGGUUCAGGCGGGAGAUCCACGACGCGGUCCUGGGCGCGCCCAACUCGGAGGCUGAGAUCUACGUGGCGCUGCCGUUCCUCCAGCGGCCCAGGAGCAGGGGGUCCAUCAGGCUGAGGAGCCCGGAUCCCCUGGACGACCCGCUGAUAGACCCGAGGUACCUGUCCCACCCGCACGACGUGGCGACCCUGGUGGAAGGCAUCAGGAUCGCCACCAGGCUGGCGGAGACCCGCGCCAUGAGGGAAGGGUUCGAGGCCCAGGUGAGCAGGACCAAGAUCCCGGGCUGCCCGGGGGAUCACGGCUCGGACGAGUACUGGGCGUGCGCGGUGCGCCACGUGGCAACCACCACCUACCACCCGGCGGGCACCUGCAAGAUGGGGCCCCCAACCGACCAGGAGGCCGUCGUGGAUCCCCGGCUCAAGGUGUACGGCGUCCGCGGUCUCAGGGUGGCGGACUGCUCCAUCAUGCCCAGGAUCGUCACAGGCAACACGAACGCCCCUGCGAUGAUGAUAGGGGAGAAGGCCGCGGACAUGAUAAAGGAGGACUGGGGAGUAGAGACGUAACUACUCUUUGACAAAUUGAGGAGGUUGCUACAAUAAGGGCCCAUGCUCCAAAAACAACGUCCUGAGAUAUCAAGGUGCAAAGUUUUCUUUGGUGGCACACUUGAAGUCGGACCGCAGUUACUCCAAUGAGCACAUGCGUACACAAGUCAUUGAAUAAUAUUCUGUAACUUGCUAAAUAAAAAUGUUUUCCCAAUCUUUCACUAUUGAUACACAAACGCAUGAAAAUACUAGGUAAUCUAUUUUAUCUGGAAACUUCCAACUUUUAAAAUGGUUUUUUUUUAAAAAGGGGUCAUAACAUCAUCGCAUAAAAACUUUUCAUACCAACACAACAGAUUAAAAUAAUUGGGCUAAUAUUUGGUGACCAUAGAGAUUAAGAUAUGUAGAAUUAAUUUUUUUUUGUAUUCUCCCAAAAAAAAAAGGGCCCAUGGUCUCAUAGGCCCUUAUUGCAGCGACCUCCUCAAUUCACAAAUCGUGGGGUUACUGAAAAUAGUUGUUAACUAACAUAGUCUGUAAAUCUGUCAACGAUGAGACAAAAUCGUACUUGCCAAAAAAAUUUUGUGUCUGAAACAUCCAUAAGAAAUAUGCUUUGCCUCUUCCUGACUUCUGGACACAACCAUUAUUUUCGCCUUGGUUAUUACAAAACACCGGAUUUCAAAGACUUGACUUCAUAAUUUCCAAUAAAGCCACGAUGUGAUGUUUACUUGUAAGGUUGAAGUAUUUUCUGAUUAAAUUUCGUAUCAUGCAGUACUACUCGAACUUUGCAAGUUUAAUUAAGUAUAAUGAAAUUUAAAUUUAUUACAUUUUUCCGUCCGCUUUCUCUCUCUCUCUCCCCCCCCCCCCCCCCCCCUAUUUCACAUUAAGCCUUAUUUUGUACUUAGUUUAAAUCAAAAGUAUUGCUCUAUGCUAGGAAAAGUAGUAAUAUUUUACUCAAAAAGAAAA